CACUAGGCUUAUUAUCGCGGGAAAAAAAGAUCUGCCAUCAUACUAAUCAAGUGUUCAAAUUUCGAAAUCUUAAGGAUACAUUUGAUUUUCUUGGGUUAAAAAUUUCACACAAGAAAGAUAUGGUUCUUCUUUGUUUCAUGCUCGAUCUUCGAACAAUUUCCCCUCCUCUUCUCAAAGAAUUGAAACAGUGUUUACUGCAACUAGCAAAUCAAUACGCAAUCUCUACAGGAGGAAGAGGAGAUAAACAAUCAGAGAUCCUCACUGAUAGAAUAAGCUUAUGUUAUCUUCAGAGGAGGAGAAUUUCUUGCUUUGAUGAGUUGAAGAUUGCGUAUAGUCCGAGAGGAGAUUUUAGUUUACGAGAUUUUCACCAUGCUGUAAACAACUUACCUACUGAUGGAUUUUUACCUGAAAUGAUGAAUUCUUCAGUUACUAGAAUCAGUGAUGGUGAUGUGACGUUUGGGGAGCUCCUAAGGGACGAAGUUCUUUAUUCGUGGGGUGGUAAAGAUAUUGUUAGAAAAGUGAUUUGUGUCAGCUCUUGUUUAGUGGAAGGCAUUGAAUCUGCUCGGGAAACUCUUACAGAUGCAGCAGAUAAAUGUGUUUCAGUCGAGUUUAUACUGUUAGAGCAAGAAUCCUGUCAGCCUAAAAGUAUGUCUGAGGAUGUCCAGAAGUUCAGUAACAGUAUCUCUGAUCUUGAGAACUGUUCUUUUCGAACAUAUCUUCCAGAUGCAAGGAUAUUGUGUGGCCUUGUAAAGCAAUGGCACCAGGAGCUGAAGGAUGACUUUGAGGAACCGUUGCAAGCUGUCUUUCACUUUAAGAAUAGUCUCGUUGGUUCUACGGACAAGGUUUUUUGCAAUUUGGUUGCAACGAUGAGCCCGAUAAUUGACGGAUUCAGCCCUUGUGAGACAUGUAGGUGUCAUGACUUGCCCUUAGAUGGUUCAGGAGGAAAUAAGACGAAGAAGUCCUCUGUCUGCCCACUAACACGCCAGGACCUUGGCACAUGUAAUCUGAUUGAAACUGCAGUAAAGGUUGGAGAACAAACGAUUCUAUUUUUGCCUUCUUUCCAGAGUUGUCCGAACCUCCAGCAAAUUUCUGCACCCAUCAGCUUUACUGUUAUUGAGCGCACCAAAUUGUGCUCUCUAAGUGAAGGUGUGAUGUUUGGGGGUUCCUAUAUCGUUACCCCAUCAGCAUGUCAUGAGAUGGAAGCCAAUUCAGAUGAAUCUGAUAAAUCAGAACUAAACGCCCAAUUUUUUCAAGGGCUUUGUGGAGCUCUACAUUCUCUGGAUCAGGGACUGAUAUGUUCUUCAAACUGUAAUAUGGAAACUAAGAGAUAUGCUACCUUCCAGUGCUUUUAUAUUCUCCAACCAUCAGAAAAAGGGCCAAUGCUACUCAGGAGGCUAGCAGGAUCAGAGGAAAUCCUGCCCUUUCCUGAUGCCACCGGGUUGAUUGACUAUGCUGUACCUUUGGAGGUAGAGAACUCUAUUCGAUCCUCUUUAUUAAGGAUGGAACUAAGAGACUACAACCCUCUUUUGCAUGAGCGAGGCUUCCACCCCAAGCUAAACUUGCUUGUAAAAGAAAGCUUACAUUUUGGGUCAAUACCACAACCAAGACGAAAGGAAAUUGACUCUGAACUCAUCUUGCCCAGGCCAGAGUCAUUAGACAUGAUGGCAGCGGUUUCAACACCACAACCAAAACGAAACGAGAUUGACUCUGAACUCAUCUUGCCCAGGCCAGAGUCAUUAGAUAUGAUGGCAGCGGUUUCAACACCACAACCAAAACGAAACGAGAUCGACUCUGAACUCAUCUUGCCCAGGCCAGAGUCAUUAGAUAUGAUGGCAGCGGUUUCAACACCACAACCAAAACGCAACGAGAUUGACUCUGAACUCAUCUUACCCAGGAAAGAGUCAUUAGAGAUGUCAGCAGGUUCAACGCCAAUGAUUACCGUUGAUGUACCAGACUGCACUUGGCAGCAGACUCAAAUAACAAAAAUCGAGGAUUUGACUGCUGCUUGUAUUACAGAAGAGUGGGAGCAACUGAUUGUGGACGAAGAGGGCAAAAUUUAUGCUCCCAAAGGUGUAUCCAGACCGAAGACAAAGACGUCUACCAUUUUAUCCCCUGUUAAUGGUAGUAAGCAGUUGGAUGAGAAAACCUCUAGGAUUUUAGAGAGAUUGGAGGGUCCAAGACGGGGAAAAGGAAAGGAAAAUGCACCUGUUGGGAAAUGCAAUUUUGAGUUCACAGAUGCAUGUGCACCAAAAAAGAAACCUCUAGUUCCAUUUGGACCAAACCAUGCUACAGUAGACCACCAGAGUCAGAACUCGAGCCAACCAAUGAAACCCAUUUUCCAGAGGCUUAAACGAAAGCACAGGUAACCACAGGUAGCCUAGCGAUUCUUUCUCACUUCAGAAUAUUCUGAUUAAAACGAUGCAUGCAGUGGUUAUGAUUCUUCUAUCUGCUUCUGAUAUCAUGUAGACGUAGUUAACCUGUUUCAACUACCGCUCUCGCUCUAAGAGCGAGUCCUAAACAGUAAACACCAUCCAUAUUAGCAUGUAAUUACAUGAGAAGAAUUGGUCUUUACAAGAAGCACACGUCAGGUGAAAUUGAUAUUGGAUAGUAAUAUUAAUAAAGCAUUAAACAAAAAUAGAAA